GCCUCUGGUUCCGCGCAGCCUGGGCGGUUCGCCCGCACGGGACUUGGGCCGCCGCCUUAGCCAGCGGCAUCUGGGGUCAUCGACCUCGAGUUUGAUUGGGGCAAGCCGAGGACCUCUCCGAGAUCCUGGAUGGGGAUGAGAGAUGCGGACGCCGGAAGGGAACUAGGGGGCCGCUGUGUGUUUAGCACCCGGUGGGGCAGCUGAGCUGGGGGCUCUGGGCGGUGGGGCUAGUGAGAGCCGGGCUCGGUCUCUGGCCUGCGUGCUGGACUCUUGGGCCUUUCCCGCCUUGGGCUGCUCCAUGCUUAGCCUCACAGCGGCUCAUCUUCCACAUGCAGUGGGGAAACGAGGCCCAGGCACCGGGAGGAGUCCCUGCCAGUUCACUCUAGGAGGACGAGCCGCAGACAAGAACCCCUCAGACACCGAAUUGUAGAAGGAAAGGGCUUUAUUUAGCGGGGAGCAUCGGCAGACUUACGUCUCCAAAAACCGAGCUCUCCGAGUGAGCAAUUCCUGUCCCUUUUAAGGGCUUACACCUCUAAGGGGGUCUGUGUGAGAGGGUCGUGAUGGAUUGAGCAAGCAGCGGGUACGUGACUGGGGGCUGCAUGCACCGGUAAUCAGAACGGAACAGAACAGGACAGGGAUUUUCACAAUGCUUUCCCAUACAAUGUCUGAAAUCUAUAGAUAACAUAACCGGUUAGGUCAAGGAUUGAUCUUUAACCAGGCCCAGGGCACGGCGCCGGGCUGUCUGUCUGUGGAUUUUAUUUCUGCCUUUUAGUUUUUACUUCUUCUUUAUUUGGAAGCAGAAAUUGGGCAUAAGACAAUAUGAGGGGUGGUCUCCCUUACCUCCGCCUCCUGGGUUCAAGCGAUUCUCCUGCCUCAGCCUCCUGAGUAGCUGGGAUUACAGGUGCACGCCACCACGCUCUGCUAAUUUUUGUAUUUUUAGUAGACCUGGGGUUUUGCCAUGUUGGCCAGGCUGUCUUGAACUCCUGACCUCAAGUGAUCCAUCCGCCUCGGCCUCCCAAAGUGCUGAGAUUACAGGUGUGAGCCACCGUGCCCGGCCAGGAGUGGAUAGAUUUGAUGUGCGUGUGUAACAGGCAGAGGUUGAUGGAGUAACAGGGAAGUGAGGCUCCUAGGAUUUUGGUCUGAGCAACUGGGUGUGGCUAUUUAUCAUCUCAAUAAAUGUCUGCGGGGAGCAGGGUGAAGUAUGGGAGUGGAGCCAUGAGCUCCUUUUCACACUUGCUGAGUUUGAAUGGGCCGUCAGUCACCAAGGAGAGACGUCUAAUCAGCAGCAGGAUCUAAGAUUCCUAAGCUUAGGGAAGGGUCAGUGCUGGAGAUGUAAUUUGGAAAUGGUCAGCAUAUAAUUAGUGUUGAAACGUGAACCUGGGUUAGUUCAUCCAAAGAGAGUACCAAUAUAGGGAGUGAAGGGUUAAGACCAGAUAGCAGGUGCUGGGGGCUCUCCAGGGGCAAAGCAGCAGAGGAGGCUGAGGUUGGAGCAGUCAGUGCAGUGGGAGGAGAGGCGGAUGUGAGUGGCAUUAGAGAAUCCAGGGGGAGAAUAAACCACAUCAGAUGCUGCUGAGAGGCUGAGAAAGACGAGGACAGAGAGAUGGGAACAAGAUAUGGCAUUGAGUUUGUCAGCAAGUCCACUGAAAAGGGUUUUCUUUUUUGUUUGUUUGUUUUGAGACAGUCUUGCUCUGCUGCCCAGGCUGGAGUGCAGUGGCGUGAUAUCGGCUCACCACAAUCUCCACCUCCCGGGUUUGAGCAAUUCUCCUGCUUCAGCCUCCUGAGUAGCUGGAACUACAGGUGCACGCCACCAUGCCCAGCUAAUUUUUUUUUUGAGAUGAAGUUUUGCUCUUGUCGCCCAGGCUGGAGUGCAAUGGCGCAAUCUCGGCUCACCGCAACCUCCACCUCCCGGGUUCAAGUGAUUCUUCUGCUUCAGCCUCCCGAGUAGCUGGGAUUACAGGCAUGCGCCACCAUGCCGGACUAAUUUUGUACUUUUAGUAGAGAUGGGUUUUCUCCAUGUUGGCCCGGCUGUUCUUGAUCUUCAGACCUCAGGUGAUCCUCCCGCCUCGGCCUCCCAAAGUGUUGGGAUUACAGGCGUGAGCCACCGUACCUGGCCUAAUUUUUGUAUUUUUAGUAGAGACGGGGUUUCACUCUGCUGGCCAGGCUGGUCUUGAACUCCUGACCUCGUGAUCCACCUGCCUUGGCCUCCCAAAUUGCUGGGAUCACAGGUGUGAGCCACUGCACCCGGCCCGGGUUUUCUUUUUAAAAAAGGGAAAAAACUUUGUUCCAGCAGUUUGCAAACCAGGGUGAUGCAGCCUUCUGUACAAAGGUGCAUUCCAGAGAACAAAGAGAACAAAGAAAGAGGUUGUCUUUUGUAGAGAACUUCCUGCCCAGGUUCCCACUUUGGUCCACUUAUGCAAAUGAGGAAGGCACACUUGCUUAGUUCUGAUUGGUUAAUACUUGCUGAAUUCAGAUUGGUCGAUGCAGGUCACAGUCGAUGGGUUGAUUCUGGCGGCAUAAACAGGAACAGACAGCUAUGAAACCAUCCCAGAGUUAAGCGAGAGUAGGGGCUUCCCAGGAACACAGAAUGUGUGUGUGACCCUAGUAAGCAAAUGGCUGCUAGGUCCUACUUUGAAUUUAUGCCCAGUUAGUAACUUGGGAUCCAUCAUGAAGGAGUGGCUCUUUCAGGGUUCACAAAGUUAUUGGUGACCUUUUAAAGAUCAGUUUCAGUGGGAUGUGGGAAUUGGAGGCAAGGAAGUAGAGAUAGCCACUGAAAAUAAUGUUUCCAAGUUCGUAAAGCAAGCCAGAAACAGGGCUAUGGCAGGAGGACAGUGUGGGUCAAGGGAAGGUUGUUGAUUGUAAUCAAGAGACACCAGAGUGUCUGGGUGUGGUGGCUUAUGCUUGUAAUCCCAGCACUUUGGGAGGCCGAGGCAGUCAGCUCACCUGAGGUCAGGAGUUUGAGACCAGCUUGGCCAACAUGGCGAAACCCCACCUCUACUAAAAAUACAAAAACUAGCCAGGUGUGAUGGCGAGCGCCUGUAAUCCCAGCCACAAGGGAGGCUGAGGCAGGAGAAUCACUUGAACCUGGGUGGCAGAGGUUGCAGUGAGCCGAGAUCGUGCCACUGCACUCCAGCCUGGGUGACACAGCAAGACUCUGUCUCAAAAAACAAAAACGAAAAAAGAGACAGGAGAGUCAUGUAUGCUGAUGGGGUGAGCCAGGUACCAGGAUCUCGACAUCUAAGCAUGCCCCCUUCUCCGACAGCCUCCUUACCUUCCUGCAUGAAAGCACACCCUCCCCUCCAGCCCCCCAUUCCUUUAUUCUGCUGUAUUUUUCUCCAUAACACUUACCACCUUUGAACAUACUACAUACACAACACGUGACUGUCUAGCAACUUUGCUGUCUGGCUCUCUUCCCUAGAAUUAAGCUGUGAGAGGCCGAGGCUGCUGUCUGCCUGGCUCAUGGCUGCUUUCCUGGUGUCUAGCACAGAGCCUAGCCUGUUUCAGGUGCUCAGUGAAACAUUUGUCGGCUGAAGGAGUGAAUGAAUGGCUCUAGCAGAGGGGCAGAAACUAACGAUGCAAGAGGAGAGAGCUGGGAAGGGAUCCAGAGCCAGGGCCAGGCAGGGAGUGUGGAUGUUUCCUCCCUGAUCGCAGAGGAGGAGAGAGGCUGCACUUUGAGGGGUGGAAAGACAAAGGGAAUCCCCCUGCUGGUCAUCAGCUUGUGCGGCUGUGUGGGUGUGAGGGGUGUAAAAGAGUGGUUUGGAGCAUGUGAAGAGAGUCUUCCAGGAGAUGAAGGGGAUUGCCAGGCGAUUUGUGAUGAUGCCGAGAUCUGGUGCCAUGCAGCCCACUUCUGCGACUCUCCUCAUCAGGCGCAGGCACAGAGCUGGCUCUCCUGAGGAUGCGCCAGCAUCACCCCCGGGCAAGAUGCCCUCCCCUCUGUGUGGCCGGAAUCCUUGCCUGUGGCUUUCUCCUGGGCUGCUGGGGACCCUCCCAUUUCCAGCAGAGUUGUCUUCAGGCUUUGGAGCCACAGGCCGUGUCUUCUUACUUGAGCCCUGGUGCUCCCUUAAAAGGCCACCCUCCUUCCCCUGGCUUCCAGAGGCAGAGGCGGGCUGCAGGCAGCAUCCUACACCUGGAGCUGCUGGUGGCUGUGGGCCCUGAUGUCUUCCAGGCUCACCAGGAGGACACGGAGCGCUACGUGCUCACCAACCUCAACAUCGGGGCUGAACUGCUUCGGGACCCGUCCCUGGGGGCUCAGUUUCGGGUGCACCUGGUGAAGAUGGUCAUUCUGACAGAGCCCGAGGGUGCUCCAAAUAUCACAGCCAACCUCACCUCGUCCCUGCUGAGCGUCUGUGGGUGGAGCCGGACCAUCAACCCUGAGGACGACACGGAUCCUGGCCAUGCUGACCUGGUCCUCUAUAUCACCAGGUUUGACCUGGAGUUGCCUGAUGGUAACCGGCAGGUGCGGGGGGUCACCCAGCUGGGCGGUGCCUGCUCCCCAACCUGGAGCUGCCUCAUUACCGAGGACACUGGCUUCGACCUGGGAGUCACCAUCGCCCAUGAGAUUGGACACAGCUUCGGCCUGGAGCACGACGGCGCGCCCGGCAGCGGCUGCGGCCCUAGCGGACAUGUGAUGGCUUCGGACGGCGCCGCGCCCCGCGCUGGCCUCGCCUGGUCCCCCUGCAGCCGCAGGCAGCUGCUGAGCCUGCUCAGCGCAGGACGGGCGCGCUGCGUGUGGGACCCGCCGCGGCCUCAGCCCGGGUCCGCGGGGCGCCCGCCGGAGGCGCAGCCUGGCCUCUACUACAGCGCCAACGAGCAGUGCCGCGUGGCCUUCGGCCCCAAGGCUGUCGCCUGUACCUUCUCCAGGGAGCACCUGGAUAUGUGCCAGGCCCUCUCCUGCCACACAGACUGGCUGGACCAAAGCAGCUGCAGCCGCCUCCUUGUUCCUCUCCUGGACGGGACAGAAUGUGGCGUGGAGAAGUGGUGCUCUAAGGGUCGCUGCCGCUCCCUGGUGGAGCUGACCCCCAUAGCAGCAGUGCAUGGGCGCUGGUCUAGCUGGGGUCCCCAAAGUCCUUGCUCCCGCUCCUGCGGAGGAGGUGUGGUCACCAGGAGGCGGCAGUGCAACAACCCCAGACCUGCCUUUGGGGGGCGUGCAUGUGUUGGUGCUGACCUCCAGGCCGAGAUGUGCAACACUCAGGCCUGCGAGAAGACCCAGCUGGAGUUCAUGUCGGAACAGUGCGCCAGGACCGACGGCCAGCCACUGCGCUCCUCCCCCGGCGGCGCCUCCUUCCACCACUGGGGUGCUGCUGUACCCCACAGCCAAGGGGAUGCUCUGUGCAGACACAUGUGCCGGGCCAUUGGCGAGAGCUUCAUCAUGAAGCGUGGAGACAGCUUCCUCGAUGGGACCCGGUGUAUGCCAAGUGGCCCCCGGGAGGACGGGACCCUGAGCCUGUGCGUGUCGGGCAGCUGCAGGACAUUUGGCUGUGACGGCAGGAUGGACUCCCAGCAGGUAUGGGACGCGUGCCAGGUGUGUGGUGGGGACAACAGCACGUGCAGCCCACGGAAGGGCUCUUUCACAGCUGGCAGAGCGAGAGAAUAUGUCACAUUUCUGACGGUUACCCCCAACCUGACCAGUGUCUACAUUGCCAACCACAGGCCUCUCUUCACACACUUGGCGGUGAGGCUUGGAGGGCGCUACGUCGUGGCUGGGAAGACGAGCAUCUCCCCUAACACCACCUACCCCUCCCUCCUGGAGGAUGGCCGUAUCGAGUACAGAGUGGCCCUCACUGAGGACCGGCUGCCCCGCCUGGAGGAGAUCCACAUCUGGGGACCCCUCCAGGAAGAUGCUGAGAUCCAGGUUUACAGGCGGUAUGGCGAGGAGUAUGGCAACCUCACCUGCCCAGACAUCACCUUCACCUACUUCCAGCCUAAGCCGCGGCAGGCCUGGGUGUGGGCUGCUGUGCGUGGGCCCUGCUCGGUGAGCUGUGGGGCAGGGCUGCGCUGGGUUAACUACAGCUGCCUGGACCAGGCCAGGGAGGAGUUGGCAGAGACUCUCCGGUGCCAAGGGAGCCAGCAGCCACCAGCGUGGCCAGAGGCCUGCGUGCUUGAACCCUGCCCUCCGUACUGGGUGGUGGGAGACUUCGGCCCAUGCAGCGCCUCCUGUGGGGGCGGCCUACGGGAGCGGCCAGUGCACUGCGUGGAGGCCCACGGCAGCCUCCUGAAGACAUUGCCCCCAGCCCGAUGCAGAGCAGGGGCCCAGCAGCCAGCUGUGGCAGUGGAAACCUGCAACCCCCAGCCCUGCCCCGCCAGGUGGGAGGUGUCAGAUCCCAGCCCAUGCACAUCAGCUGGUGGAGCAGGCCUGGCCUUGGAGAACGAGACCUGUGUGCCAGGGGCAGAUGGCCUGGAGGCUCCAGCUACUGAGGGGCCUGGCUCCGUAGAUAAGAAGCUGCCUGCCCCUGAGCCCUGUGUCGGGAUGUCAUGCCCUCCAGGCUGGGGCCCUCUGGAUGCCACCUCUGCAGGGGAGAAGGCUCCCUCCCCAUGGGGCAGCAUCAGGACGGGGGCUCAAGCUGCACACGUGUGGACUCCUGUGGCGGGGCUGUGCUCCGUCUCCUGCGGGCGAGGCCUGAUGGAGCUGCGUUUCGUGUGCACGGACUCUGCCCUCAGGGUGCCUGUCCAGGAGGAGCUGUGUGGCCUGGCAAGCAAGCCUGGGAGCCGGCGGGAGGUCUGCCAGGCUGUCCUGUGCCCUGCUGAGUGGCGGUACAAGCUGGCGGCCUGCAGCAUGAGCUGUGGGGGAGGGGUUGUGCGGAGGAUCCUGUAUUGUGCCCGGGCCCAUGGGGAGGACGAUGGUGAGGAGAUCCUGUUGGACACCCAGUGCCAGGGGCUGCCUCGCCCGGAACCCCAGGAGGCCUGCAGCCUGGAGCCCUGCCCACCUAGGUGGAAAGUCAUGUCCCUUGGCCCCUGUUCGGCCAGCUGUGGCCUUGGCACUGCUAGACGCUCGGUGGCUUGUGUGCGGCUCGACCAAGGCCAGGACGUGGAGGUGGACGAGGUGGCCUGUGCGGCGCUGGUGCGGCCCCAGGCCAGCGUCCCCUGUCUCAUUGCCGACUGCACCUACCGCUGGCAUGUUGGCACCUGGAUGGAGUGCUCUGUUUCCUGUGGAGAUGGCAUCCAGCGCCGGCGUAACACCUGCCUUGGACUCCAGGCCCAGGCGCCUGUGCCGGCUGAUUUCUGCCAGCACUUGCCCAAGCCGGUGACUGUGCGUGGCUGCUGGGCUGGGCCCUGUGUGGGACAGGGGACGCCCAGCCCGGUGCCCCAUGAAGAAGCCGCUGCUCCAGGACAGACCACAGCCACCCCUGCUGGUGCCUCCCUGGAGUGGUCCCAGGCCCGGGCCCUGCUCUUCUCCCCGGCUCCCCAGCCUCGGCAGCUCCUGCCCGGGCCCCAGGAAAACUCAGCGCAGUCCAGUUAUGUCCUGUCCUCCUUCCUGUCCGGCAGCUGCUGCAGGAGGGGUGCCUGUGGCAGGCAGCACCUUGAGCCAACAGGAACCAUUGACAUGCGAGGCCCAGGGCAGGCAGACUGUGCAGUGGCCAUUGGGCGGCCCCUCGGGGAGGUGGUGACCCUCCACGUCCUUGAGAGUUCUCUCAACUGCAGUGCGGGGGACAUGUUGCUGCUUUGGGGCCGGCUCACCUGGAGGAAGAUGUGCAGGAAGCUGUCAGAUAUGACUUUGAGCUCCAAGACCAACACGCUGGUGGUGAGGCAGCGCUGCGGGCGGCCAGGAGGCGGGGUGCUGCUGCGGUAUGGGAGCCAGCUUGCUCCUGAAACCUUCUACAGAGAAUGUGACAUGCAGCUCUUUGGGCCCUGGGGUGAAAUCGUGAGCCCCUCGCUGAGUCCAGCCACGAGUAAUGCAGGGGGCUGCCGGCUCUUCAUUAAUGUGGCUCCACACGCCCGGAUUGCCAUCCAUGCCCUGGCCACCAACAUGGGCGCUGGGACCGAGGGAGCCAAUGCCAGCUACAUCUCGAUCCGGGACACCCACAGCUUGAGGACCACAGCGUUCCAUGGGCAGCAGGUGCUCUACUGGGAGUCGGAGAGCAGCCAGGCUGAGAUGGAGUUCAGCGAGGGCUUCCUGAAAGCUCAGGCCAGCCUGCGGGGCCAGUACUGGACCCUCCAGUCAUGGGUACCGGAGGUGCAGGACCCUCAGUCCUGGAAGGGAAAGGAAGGAACCUGAGGGUCAUUGAACAUUUGUUCCGUGUCUGGCCAGCCCUGGAGGGUUGACCCCUGAUCUCAGUGCUUUCCAAUUCGAACUUUUUCCAAUCUUAGGUAUCUACUUUAGAGUCUUCUCCAAUGUCCAAAAGGCUAGGGGGUUGGAGGUGGGGACUCUGGAAAGGCAGCCCCCAUUUCCUCGGGUACCAGUAAAUAAAACAUGCAGGCUGA